CCCACCAAUGCCCAGCAGUGCCUCCUAUCAGUGCCCAGCAGUUCCACCCAUCAGUGCCCCCAGCAGUGUCGCCCAGCAGUGCCACCUAUCAGCGCCCAGCAGUGCCUCCAGUCAGUGCUGCCAUCAGUGCCGUCAGUCAGCGCCACCCAUCAGUGUCGCCCAUCAGUGCCCAUAAAUGCUGCCUAUCAGUGCCCAUCAGUGCUGCCUAUCAGUGCAGCAUCGUCAGUGCCUCCUCAUCAAUGCCCACCAGUGCUGCCUCAUCAGUGCCACCUCAUCAGCGCAGCCUAUUCGUGCCCAUCAAUGCUGCCUAUCCAUGCCACCUCAUCAGUACCCAUCAGUGCUGCCUAUCAGUGCAGCCUCAUCAACGCACAGCAG